AUGUCUUCACCGGGCAUGCACCACUACCCCAACGCACAAAAGGAGUUCAAGCCCCCGCUCAUCGCGAACGAAAAUGCAUACCUAGGCGACGUCUUCUCGAGCGAUAAGAUCAAUCCCGACAAGCCCAUAUCAGCAGGGUUCUACCGACUCGAGAAAGGCACACCCCUCGUAUACACCUACACAUACGACGAGAUGAAGAUUAUCGUCGAGGGCUCGUUCCACAUCUCCGACGAAUCGGGCAAGAAAGUCCAUGCGAAACCCGGCGACGUUUUCUUCUUCCCCAAUGGAAGCAAGAUCACGUUUACGACGGAUGACUAUGGGUUGGCGUUCUUCACGGGUCAGAGGAAGGAAGGUGCUUCGUAG